AAUAUGUAUAAAUGCUGUAGUUAAACUUAAUGAUCAAAUCUUUUCCAAAGUGAAAAAUUGAACCUCCCACACUACCUCUUCCUUUUUGUGCUCGGACACGCGCAUUGGAGCGGGGUGGACGCUGGAGCGCGCUUUCCGUGUCUGGUUAGUGGACUGACAGCCAGCUGUGCGGCUACAACGACAACAACAACCCUCCUGGAUUCUUUUGCUCCAUACAACUAGAUUUAGUGUUCUGCUACUGAUCACAAUCGUACACUUAUAGCUAAGUUGUUGAAGUGAGGACUCGGUGAUCAUCGGCGGUAUUUCCGUGCUAAACUAAACUAGCUUAGAAGAGCAUUUCCUCCAACAUGAAUCCGUUGUGUGGCAGAUGUAAUCGAGUCGUUUACCCCACGGAAAAAGUGAAUUGUCUGGACAAGUACUGGCAUAAAGGAUGCUUCUGCUGCGAGGUCUGCAAAAUGACUCUAAACAUGAAGAAUUACAAAGGCUAUGACAAGAGACCAUACUGCAAUGCACACUACCCCAAGACAGCUUUCACCUCGGUGGCUGACACUCCAGAGAACCUCCGACUCAAACAGCAAAGCAAGAUGCAGAGCCAGGUUUGCUACAAGGAGGAGUUUGAGAAGAAUAAAGGGAAAGGUUUCAGUGCGGUCGCAGACACGCCAGAGAUGCAGAGAAUUAAGAAAACGCAGGACCAAAUCAGCAAUAUUAGGUACCAUGAGGAUUUUGAGAAGAGUAAGAGUGGAGGAGAUGGUCGUCACCAGCCGAGCAAAACCAGCCCGGCUAUUCCUUCUAGCCCAGGUAUUCCUUCUAGCCCAGGUAUUCCUUCUAACCCAGCUUUCCAGGCGCCUGCAGCGUCUCAGAACUUCCACUAUGAGCCAACUCCUGCACCAGUGCAACCGGUGGCUGCCGCUCCGCCUCCCAGUGCUGGGAAGCGGUACAGGGCAGUGUACGACUACGCUGCUGCCGACGAGGACGAGGUGUCCUUUGUGGACGGAGACGUGAUCAUAGACGUGCAGCAGAUCGACGAGGGCUGGAUGUACGGCCGCGUGAAGCGCACCGGCCAGCAGGGCAUGCUGCCCGCCAACUACGUGGAGGCCGUCAAUGAGUGAGAGGGAGAGAAAAGUAGGGAGAGAAAAAUGAGGAGGUAGAGAAAGGGAGGGAAAGAAGGAAAGGAAAAGCCCAGUGCCAUUUCAUCUUAACGCCGCUUUCUUCUUGAUUUUACUCUUGUUCCUUAAUCUGUCCUGUGAGACCCUGAACCCCCCCCGUUCUGCAUCCCUGCUCUACUCUCACUGUUCCACCUCUACCUGUCUGUCUGUCCUUCUCUCUCUUGUCUGUCUGUCCGUCUGCCUGCCUCUCUGUCUGUCUGUCCGUCUGUGCUGACGUCUGUCUCUGUUUGGAUGUCCAUCCUCUUUUUCCCCAAACCUGGCUCCACUCUCAAGUGCUUUCACAAGUGGAGGAAUGAAAGUCUUAAAAGAUAAACUGGCAGUUCAUCGCAGUAUGUCAGGGGUCAUGCCGUGUCACACAGCUCCAUCCUAGCUAUAGCACUUAAUUCUAGCACGACAUCAUGUAAACAUUAGGAAGAAAAAAAAAUGUAAAAAGUCCUUUUUCCCCCCACGAGUCAGUCACCACAGCUGCAGACAUUAUUCUGUGGAGAAAAUACGUUUGAAGUGUGGGUGGGUGUGGCAUUCUCAUAGGCUUGUUUUGUUUUUCUUUCUUUAAUUUUGCAGCGUGAUCUUGGCCAGACUGGAAACACAGUGUAGAAUCUCAGUCUAUCAGAACUAAGCUUGAAUAUUUUUGACUUGUGUACAUUCCUUUAACCUCUAACCCUGUUGCUGUUGCACCAAUCAGCCAGUUCUCAGUCUUAACAGAGAGGUUUUUAAUAUAUUUAUAGAUUGACAGACACACAUCUCGCCAUUGUGUGCUCGAGCGGGCACCCUCGUGUUCGGCACUGCAUUGUGGGCACCGUUGUGAAACUGGAAUCGUAGCCUAACUGAAGAGCACCUCCUGUCGUUGCCUUUCUACAGGAGGGAUCAGGGACAAGUUAGGGGACAUUUAUCGGUCCAUCUCUUGCAGCCACACUGAACACAUCAGCUCAGUCGGUGUGGACGUAUAGUGUGUGUACACCCUUAUUCCUGUUUCUUGCAGCCUGAAUGCCUUCAGUCCUGAGAGAAUCACAAAGUUACGGUGAUAAAAGGUUAAACUGUUUGGAGAAAGGAGAUGGGAACAGGUCAAGUCCUUCCCCCUUUUGCUAUAAAAUCACCCAAGAAAACUCAUUCAUAAAAGAGAAGGCCAAGCACAACUCUAUAUUGUGAAUCUUUUUUUUAUUUUUUAUUUCAAUUUCAUUCCACUGUUUUUUUUGUGAGUGAUCAUUCCAGUCUUUGUUUUCCAUUUAAUGUGAGAGAAAUUGUUGAAUCCUUGGCUGUGGUUAAAUGUUGUUCUCAUGCUGUUCUUCCUUUGCCUUUCUUGUUAUUGUAAGAUGCUUAUUUUCAAAAAGAAAAAAAAGAAAAAUCUGUGUAUUAAAUAAAUAAACCAGCAACAAAACAAUUUAUGAACCAAGACAAAAGUGUUUAUCUAGACGCGUGCGGCCGCAGUAUUAGAUCGGUUGUGGGAUUAAUCAACCUGCAGUUUGAGGUCAGAACGGCGCUGGCGGCUUGAUUGAGAAAUCAACUGAAUGCACGUUCAAGCCUGUUUUUGAUCAGUUGAUCUCUCUUAUGCUGUUUAAUAUUCUGGAGCUUCUAAGAAAGAGUCAUGUUACACAAUUAAAAAUACACAAGAAAUUAUUACCCGUAAUUAUUUUGAGGCUCUGGUCCCAGGCCUGUUUCCUGUAUGUCAGGGCUGAGCACUGAUGCAAGACAGGAAGCUUCUUUUUUUAUGUUAAUCUGGCAAAAUUGUCAACUAUUCUUUUUAUAUUCGACCAGUUAAUCUGCCAGAAUUAAGCAGCAUUUGGUGGGUGGUGGUCACUAAAGAAGGUUGGUUCAUAAACACAAAAUCAAGCAUUUAAGUUGCUGGCUACUACACAGAAAUGCUGUAUCAUCCCUUCAGUAGAUACUGUAUUUCUGUGAGGACCUUAUAUGAUUUAAAAAAAAUAAUAUUUGACCAUUUCUCAGUGGUGUAUAUAUAAUAAUCUCAUCGGCCCCUGACCAUACACACCUCUUCCCCCCCUCUUUUCUUGCUGUUUCAUUCUCCUGUGAUGCACUGUGACGGUCACAGACGUGAGCGAUCAGGGCGGUUUUUAAGGUGGGGUGGGUGGAAAGGGGAGGGGGCAAAACAAAUGUUAGCUUUAUUAAAAGAAACAUGGCUCUCACUAUGUAGCUAGAUGACAUUGUACAAUUGUAUAUGUAUCAUAAAGGUGAGUUAGGGAAAAUGUUUUUACAGGUCAUGGUGCUCUGGGAAGUGGCUUGCCUUCAGAUUAAAGUGGUUCAUAUUUUUUGUGAAUGUGGCUGAGGGGACGUAAUGUGACUUUUAAAAGUUGAUUCAAGUUGGUGUUGAUAAAAUUUUGAUGAGUUGUGACCGUGCUGAUCACUGAAUCAGAAAAAAAACAACAAACAGGUUUAUAGGUUGCCAAACAAAAGGACCACCCUGUAUGUACGCCUGUUUUGCAUUAACCUCAACAGGACAAGUUUAUUUGCAAAACAAAUGCUAGCUGGGGUAAAGCUGUUUUAGAGCUCACGGUUGUGUUUCUCUUGGGUAAACUGAAGAGUUGAUGGUUUGGCUUGAAGUGAAAUGAUUGCUGUUCCUGGCUUAUGAUGAUGUUUGCUCAAAUUUAAUUUAAUAACGAAGCUACUCACACAUGUAGCCUCUUGCAGAUUACAUCCAAUCCAAAACUCUCUUUAGUCUUGAGGGUGUUGAUUUUGACAGUUGGUUGUUCUGGAUGAAAUGAAAAAAAAAAAAAGUGGCCAGUGUUGUGUAAGUGUGGCUCAGGAUGGAUUUGUUAAGGCAAAGUCAAAUUUGAGCGUGUGGUGAUGUAAGUGUGCGAGGCUGGCGGCGGGGGGGGGGGGCGACAGAGGGCGGCGAUCUGAUGCUCUCAAUCUCCCCGGCUGUGAGGCAGGGCAAGUUGUUUGUCUGACCUGGAUAUUAGUCAGGAGUUAACCUCUUUGCGCCAAAUACCGCUCUUCUGCUCUGGCAUCACUCAUCUACUGAACCGUAACUUCAUAUCAUAACCCCCCGUUUCCAUUCAGUUUCUGUCUCGUAUCCUGUCCACCCGUCUGCUGAGACCUCUCUUUCCUUCAUUGUAGGCUCCUGCGCUUCAGAUGAAUCAUCCCCCUGCUUCUAUGAUACUGGUUAUAUACUGUAGACUUCGAAGAGUGAAAUCAUGUAAUCCACAAUCGGGUUUAGCAUUCAGAUCCGGUUUUGUGCAUUCCAUCUUAAAUUGUUUUGUUUUUUGUAUAAUUUUGUCAUUUUAUAAAUAAAAAAAAAUAAAGAUACCAUAUGCACAUUGACAUCCGCGUGUAUUCAAAACUCAUUCUGGAUACAUACUCCGAAUUAAGGACCUGAUAUCAUCUCAUGUUGCCCUGUUACAGAACUUCAAAUUGUACUUAUGAUUCUGCAGAUUCAAUAAAAUGUCAUUUUUUUCUCAGA